AUGAUUAUAUUUUUUACACCGUUCCUUCAUUUCUCUCAUCCAUUUUUGUAUCCUUUCUCUUUACUUUUUCUUUUUUCUCUGUCUUUUCUUGUUUUCUUCAAUUCUCUUAUGUCUUCUAAUUUCUUCUUUCUUUCUGCCAUUUUCUUUUUCUUCACUUUCAUUCUUUCUCUCUCAUUUCCUGUAUUGCUAGCUUUAUUUUUCUUCAUUUCCUUUCUCUCUUUUUUCUUCAUUUCCUUUCUCUCUUUUUUCUUCAUUUCCUUUCUCUCUUUUUUCUUCAUUUCCUUUCUCUCUUUUUUCUUCAUUUCCUUUCUCUCUUUUUUCUUCAUUUCCUUUCUCUCUUUUUUCUUCAUUUCCUUUCUCUCUUUUUUCUUCAUUUCCUUUCUCUCUUUUUUCUUCAUUUCCUUUCUCUCUUUUUUCUUCAUUUCCUUUCUCUUUUUCCCCCUUUUCCUUUCUCUCUUCUUUUUUCCGUCUUUUCCUUUCUCUCUUCUUUUUUCCCCCUUUUCCUUGUCUCUCUUCUUUUUCCCCCUUUCCUUGUCUCUCUUCUUUUUCCCCCUUUCCUUGUCUCUCUUCUUUUUCCCCCUUUCCUUGUCUCUCUUCUUUUUCCCCCUUUCCUUGUCUCUCUUCUUUUCCCCCCUUUCCUUGUCUCUCUUCUUUUCCCCUUUCCUUGUCUCUCUUUUUUUCCCCCUUUCCUUGUCUCUCUUCUUUUUCCCCUUUCCUUGUCUCUCUUCUUUUUCCCCCUUUCCUUGUCUCUCUUCUUUUUUCCCUUUUCCUUGUCUCUCUUCUUUUUUUUUCCUUGUCUCUCUUUUUUCCCCCUUUUCUUGUCUCUCUUUUUUCCCCUUUUUCCUUGUCUCUCUUCUUUUUCCCCCUUUUCCUUGUCUCUCUUCUCCCCCCUUUCCUUGUCUCUCUUCUCCCCCCUGUUCCUUGUCUCCCCCCCAUUUCCUUGUCUCUCUUCUUUUCCCCCCUUUCCUCUCUUUUUUCUCAAACUCUUUUCUGCCUUACUUUUCUUGUUCUUCAUUUCUCUCUCACUGA